GCAGCUGACUACCAGGAACUGCAGCCAGAGUCCCGGAGCCCCUGGUCCAGCAGCCAAGAGAGCCCCUCUCAUGCUUGCCUGAGAAUAUACAGAUUCACACUGGUAGAAUCCUGCCCCAUCUCAAGGGACAAUGAACCAGAAGACCACCCUGGUGCUCCUCGCUCUGGCCAUCAUCACCAUCUUUGCCUUGGUUUGUGUCCUACUAGCUGGCAGGGGUGGAGAUGGGACUGAACCUAGCCAACUUCCCCAUUGCCCCUCUGUAUCUCCAAGUGCCCAGCCCUGGACACACCCUGCCCAGAGCCAACUGUUUGCAGACCUGAGCCCAGAGGAGCUGACAGCUGUGAUGAGUUUUCUGGCCCAGAAGCUGGGGCCAGGGCUGGUGGAUGCAGCCCAGGCUCGCCCCUCAGACAACUGUGUCUUCUCAGUGGAGCUGCAGCUGCCCCCCAAGGCUGCUGCCUUGACCCACUUGGACAGAGGGGGCCCGCCACCUGCCCGAGAAGCACUGGCCAUCAUCUUCUUUGGUGGACAAUCCCAGCCCAAUGUAAGUGAGCUGGUGGUGGGGCCACUGCCUCACCCCUCCUACAUGCGGGAUGUGACUGUGGAGCGUCAUGGGGGCCCCCUGCCCUACCACCGACGCCCUGUGCUGAUCCGAGAAUACCUGGACAUAGACCAGAUGAUCUUCAACAGAGAACUGCCCCAGGCUAAGGGACUCCUUCACCACUGCUGCUUCUACAAAAUUCAGAGAAAAAACUUGGUGACAAUGACCACGGCUCCCCGUGGUCUACAAUCAGGGGACCGGGCCACCUGGUUUGGCCUCUACUACAACCUCUCAGGGGCUGGAUUUUUCCUGCACCCUGUGGGGUUGGAGCUGCUGGUGGACCACAAGGCCCUGAACCCUGCCCACUGGACCAUCCAGAAGGUAUUCUAUCAAGGCCGCUACUAUGAGAGUCUGGCCCAGCUAGAGGACCAAUUUGAGGCUGGCCUGGUGAAUGUGGUGGUAAUCCCAGACAAUGGCACAGGUGGGUCCUGGUCCCUGAAGUCCCCAGUGCCCCCUGGUCCGGCUCCCCCUCUGCAGUUCCAUCCCCAGGGUCCCCGCUUCAGUGUCCAGGGGAAUCAAGUGGCCUCCUCAAUGUGGACUUUCUCCUUUGGCCUUGGAGCUUUCAGUGGCCCGAGGAUCUUUGACAUCCGUUUCCAAGGGGAGAGGGUGGCCUAUGAAGUCAGCGUCCAGGAGGCCGUGGCCAUCUAUGGUGGAAAUUCCCCAGCUGCAAUGUUGACCCGCUAUAUGGAUGGUAGCUUUGGCAUUGGCAAGUACUCCACACCCUUGACGCGUGGGGUGGACUGCCCCUACCUGGCCACAUAUGUGGACUGGCACUUCCUUUUGGAGUCCCAGACCCCCAAGACAAUACAUGAUGCCUUUUGUGUGUUUGAACAGAAUCAGGGCCUCCCCCUGCGGCGACAUCACUCAGAUUUCAACUCCUACUAUUUUGGGGGCCUUGCAGAGACAGUGCUGGUCUUCAGAUCUGUUUCUACCUUGCUCAACUAUGACUAUGUGUGGGAUAUGAUCUUCCACCCCAACGGGGCCAUAGAAGUCAAAGUCCAUGCCACGGGCUACAUCAGCUCUUCGUUCCUCUUUGGUGCUGCCCAAAAGUAUGGGAACCGAGUUGGGGAACACACGCUAGGCACGGUUCACACCCACAGUGCCCACUUCAAGGUGGAUCUGGAUGUGGCAGGACUGGAGAACUGGGUCUGGGCUGAAGACAUGGCCUUUGUCCCCACGACUGUGCCCUGGCAUCCUGAACACCAGGUACAGAGAAUGCAGGUGACCCGAAAGCUGCUGGAAACAGAGGAACAGGCUGCUUUCCCCCUGGGAGGGGCCACUCCCCGCUACCUGUACCUGGCCAGCAACCACAGCAACAAGUGGGGUCACCCACGAGGCUACCGCAUCCAGAUACUUAGUUUUGCAGGGGAGCCACUGCCCCAGAACAGCUCCAUGGAGAGAGCCUUCAGUUGGGAGAGGUACCAUCUGGCGGUGACCCAGCGGAAGGAGGAGGAGCCCAGUAGCACCAGCAUCUUUAAUCAAAAUGACCCUUGGGCUCCCACUGUGGAUUUCAAUGAUUUCAUCAACAAUGAGACCAUUGCUGGAGAGGACUUGGUGGCCUGGGUGACAGCUGGUUUUCUGCACAUCCCACAUGCAGAGGAUAUUCCCAACACGGUGACUGUGGGGAAUGGAGUGGGCUUCUUCCUCCGACCCUACAACUUCUUUGAUGAGGACCCUUCCUUCUACUCUGCUGACUCAGUCUACUUCCGGGAGGACCAGGAUGCUGGGGACUGUGGGAUCAACCCCCUGGCUUGCCUGUCCCAGGCUGCUGCCUGUGCCCCUGACCUCCCUGCCUUCUCCCAUGGGGGCUUCUCUUACAACUAGUUGGUUCCUGGGAUGGCCAAUCUGACCAGAGGCUGAGUCAGGUUAGGAUGGCUGGGGCAGCAACUGGACACUGGGCAGGGCAGUCUGUUUCCUUCUUCUCCUUCCUUAUACCCCUGAUGUAUCUGUCAAGGUCCUCUCUCUUCCACUGUCCUCCUUUGCCUCCUCCUCCUGGAGCAUUGUGAUCCUGAGAUGCCUGACAUAAGAACACUGGGCUUGGUUGGUCCCAG